UCAUGUAUAUAAGCCAGGCCUGCUCGCGAAGGGGCACGAUAUCUAUCGUAUCGCGCGAUCGAUAUCGUGCUCAGUGAUCGCGACUGCUAGCUGCGUAUUACAGUCCUUACGUUUUAGUUACCUUGCACAACUUCGCAUCGGUCAUGCCUUCCUAGGCCAAUAAUUAUUAUUGUGAGACAAGGCCAAGGGGCCUUCGGCUAUGUCUUGAUACCACCUCUCCCCUGCAUGUCCUCCCCCAUCUUGCAUAAAUCGAUUUGCACUGCUAAGUCUUCUGACGUUGCACUCUCGUGUGCUGCGGCAAGAUUGGACUAAGUGGGUCUUCCGGACUAACUCUUUGUGGAUCAGAGAGAAAACGCUGUCACACACCGGAGGCUCUUGAAAGAGAUGGCCAUGGAGUUAUCUGGCCUCUUUCAGUACGGGACUGUAAUACUGUUCAGAAGAAUACUUGCGCGAGGUGAUGGGGCAUACAGGAGGACCAAAGGAUCUAGUUACUACUGUGAAGAAUCGAUCACCGAUCACGGAGACGACUCCAGUGAUGUCGAAGUCCACAUUCACGGUGGUAUCAAUUGUCGAAGUCGAGCUUCCAUCGCGCUAACAUGGUUGGCGAGGGAACGUUCCAAGGCAUUCGGAUCCAAGGCGAGAGAUGCUGUUUGGCCAUCAAAGUUCUUUUCAAUUUGCCGGACGUGUCCUCAAGUGAAGUGGGAGAUGACAGUGGAAAGCAGUCUUUCAAGCCCACGGAAAAACCGAGGAGGCGUUCACUGGCCUAAAGGUUUUUGGGAAUUAAGUGGCGUGUGCGGCACUCCACGCGCGAUUGGAACGCCGGAUAAAAUCAAGACGAAUAACAAGGUAAUCUAUCCAAUCGAUCCGAACUUAAAGUCUGAUAUAGCUUUCUGGAAGCACUCUUUUUCCAGAACGAGCGUUCGUGCAGAGAGUGACAUUACGAAACCUGGAGGUGAUACCCAGGGCUUCUCACCGAACCGGUGAGAGAGUUUAAAAAUGGCGCUAUGUCAAGAGGCGUGCCAUUAGAAAACCAGGUAUACGACGAUGAGAUACAACACCAUUCGCAGUCAGUACGCGUUUAAUCUGAUCAGCGAUCGGGCUCAAUGGUUGUUCGGCUUUAAGAAGACUACUCAGGCAAGCAUGCAACAGGACGAAAAUGAUAGUCCUUCAAAUGUUGUGGCCCAUUCAUGAAAGAGGGAAUCGAAAACCGAGAAAGAGGUGUGGUUGAGGCACGACGGCGUCGACGCUUUCCGCGCGCAUUACGUUGAUCUCACUUUCCUCACUUAUCUUGGAUGCAUCGCGUAGAGCCUGAAGCGAUGCCAAGCCCAGUCUAGACAUCAGAAAGUCUGCGGAGAUAUAUAUACGCACCAUCACCUCAUUCGUAGUCGUAGAUCAAUGU